GAUGUGUGACACCUAGGAGUGUAAGGAGACGUUCACGCGGAUCCAGCUAGAGAGGAAAAGUAAUAAGAUUCAGAGUAUUCUUUGUUCACACUUGACUGGAAGGAUGGUCGGUUUAAAACUUUUGUCACACAAGAUGAAGAGAAGAGGAAACCAUCCCUAUGCAGUAGGAGUCCUCUUUGGGUUCCUCUUGGCUGUCUUUCCUGGCAGUAGUGCCUGUCCUAAGUUUUGUGCCUGCUAUGUACCGACUGAAGUCCACUGCACCUUCCGGUAUCUUACUACCAUCCCAUCGCAGAUCUCCCAAAAUGUGGAACGCAUCAAUUUAGGUUACAACAAUUUGGUUAAACUGACUGAGACAGAUUUUUCUGGCCUGGAGAAACUGGAAUUGUUGAUGUUGCACAGUAAUCAGAUACAUACAAUUCAAGACAAGACAUUCUCUGAUUUACAUUUGUUAAAGAUCUUAAAGAUGAGCUAUAAUCAAAUCAAAGUUAUUCAAGCAGACAUAUUUCAUGGUCUCAUGGCUUUAGUGCGUUUGCACCUGGAUCAUAAUAAAAUUGAAUUUGUAAACCCAAAAGCUUUCUAUGGUCUCACAUCGCUGAAGUUAGUGCAUUUGGAAGGAAAUUUACUUAAACAACUUCAUCCAGAUACGUUUGUCACUUCGUGGUACCUCAAAGUGUUCAGAACAUCUGCCAUAAAGCAUAUCUACCUUUCAGACAACUUCCUGACUUCUCUGCCACAAGACAUUUUCUCAUAUAUGUCUGAACUAGAAAGUCUCUAUCUUCAUGGAAACCCUUGGACUUGUGAUUGUGCUUUGAAAUGGUUUGCCAAAUGGGCAGAAAGACAUUCAGAUGUUGUAAAAUGCAAAAAAGGCAAAGAGGCCACAGAUGCACUGCAAUGCCCAUUGUGCACCAACCCCAGGAUUUCUAAAGAGAAACACUUAACUAAAAUUCCACUGUCUUCAUUUAAUUGUAGUAAACCAAGUAUAGACACAGAUUUAAAAUUGAAAACUGUAACUAUAAUAGAUGAUGGAGAAUUCACUUCAGUGUCUCCCAAAGAUUUUAUGGCUCCUAUAGGAUCUAUGUCAUUAAACUUAAUAGACCAAACAGGAAAUCAAGCAAAUAUAGCUUGUAAUGUACAGAAACCUUCAAAAAUGUCUCCAGUUAUAUUUACAAAAAAUGAUAACAACACACUACUUGAAAUAUCAUUGUCAACUUUUCUUAAGUGUAGCAUUGACCACAAUCAUAUUCAUCAAUUGUGGAGCAUUCUUGCUCUUUAUAGUGAUUCUCCACUAAAAUUGAGAAGGGAACACUUAUUAACAGAAAUGCCUUAUACCAGUUACAAGUACAAACAAACAGCCUCUAAAAAUGAAGAACUUUUCACUGACAUAGAAGCUGAACUGACAGCUGAGCCUCCUUGGUUGAUGCAGAGUCAAGUAUCAAUGCAAUUGGAUAGGACCGCAACUACACUCAAUAUGCUGCAUAUCCAAUAUUCAAUAGAUGCUCAAAUCAUUCUUCCUGAUGAUGUCCCAAAGCCCACCAAACAAACAUGGGCCAUGAUCUUACGAGAGAAGAAUUCCAAAACUGAAUAUUCUGUUUUAGUCAAUGGUUCUGUAGAAUUGGAUUGCCAAGCAAUUGGAGACCCUGCCCCUGUAGCUGAGUGGCUGUUACCUGAUGGGACCAAAGUUAAGGCUCCAUAUAUAAGUGAAGAUGGAAGAAUAAUGAUAGAAAAAUCUGGUAAGCUCUUACUACAUUCAGCAGAUCAUUUUGACACUGGACUUUAUCACUGUAUAGGAACCAACUAUGAAGAUGCCGAUAUCUUAACUUUUAGAAUUACAGUAAUAGAUUCAAGUUUGAAGCACAACCUUUUAAAUGGACCACAACUUUCAGUGUUUUUAGGUGAAAUUGUUGAUCUUCCCUGCCUUUCUACAGGUGUACCAGAUGCCUCUAUUAAUUGGGUCCUACCAGGAAACAUAAUUCUUCAUAGUUCUUUUAAAAAUAAACUUCUGUUCCACAAUGGAACAUUAAAAAUACAACCAAUAGCAGGACAAGACAAUGGCCAUUUCAUGUGUAUAACAGCCAAUAAAUAUGGUAUAGAUUAUUUAGUUUACCAAGUACUUGUUAAAAGAAAUUUGAGCAAGUCACAACAACUCACAAAAAAAGAUACUCAGGUACAUAGUGAAGCAACAGAAGGAUCUGGCAACCAAGAACAUGACUUUAAUGGGCAAAUUACAUUUUUUCCUUCUACUGUUCCUGCUGAGGUAACCAACCAAGCAUCCAUGCAAAAUUCAUUUACAAAUUAUUUCAUAAAAAAUAAAACCAAAAACAUGUACAAAGAAGUCUACAGGAUCAAUAGAGGCAAGAUUAGCAGAAGGUUCAGAGGACAAAAGAGAUUUGGUCUCUCUACCAAGAGAAUCAAUCCAUUGCACUGGGCGACAUUUUUAGAAAAAACAAGAAAUAUCACAUUGUUAAGAAGACAAGAAAAUAUAACAGUAAAACCAACAGAAAAGUUAUUUCUGUCUUCAAGGAGCUCAGGAAAUGAAGAAGAGAUAUCUGGGGAUGACAUAUUAGCUGAGGAAGAACUUAUGUUUCUAGCAACUAGAAGACCUUCAAAAUACACUUUGAGAGAAGCAUCAGGAAAUGUAGUGACAGCAAAACUUGGAAGUAUAUCAGAUAAUUACAGCUCUUUUGCAACACAUAUCAUAGUUACAGAAUCAGAACCUUCAGCAACCAGUUCUAUGGUUAUGGACUCUGAGACACCUACAAACCAGAAUUGGCUAAAUAAACCAAAACCUGAAAUGAAAGGAAUAAGUCUUGAAAGAUAUCAGACACUUCCUACACCACCAACCCUGAUGGAAGUAACAAUGCCCUUAUUGUUUAAAGAACCCAACAGUGCAGCAAACACUUCAAAUUCUUUUCAGAGAUUGGUAACAUCUGAAGACAUUAAUGUCUAUUUUAAAAGCAAACCAACAGUAACACCAACAUUGGCUAUUAUUAAUAAUAGCAAACUUAUAAUUUCACACAAAAUUAUUGAAAAACCUGAUUUAUUGGCAGAAAAUGCUGAGAAAGCAUCAAAAAAAUCAAGCCAUCAAGUGCCCUCAGCAGCAAUCAGUUUGUCUAAUGACAGUGGCUAUAUUUAUAAUGGAAAAAAAAUAACAUUUCAGGUAUCUCCAGGUUCAGCCAUUCUUGCCCAUCAACAGAUUGAGGUAGUGAAGGAUUCUGCAACUCAUAGUCCAUUCCCCAGAUGGUUUAGCAGACGAAGAAAAACCUUUGGAAGAAGACGAAUAAUUAGACCUGACCGUAUUCCCAGUAAUGCAGGGCAUAGAUUUGCUUUUCCUAGAUCAGGGUUUGUUCCAGAAAGCUCAAGUCUUACAUUCCCUGCAGAAAUAAGCAUACCAACUGCUUCUGUUGAAUCAUUUACCCCACAAACAUUGAUCAAACCCCAGUAUCCAAAAUCAACAAUUUCAAGUCACACUGUGAUAUCCUCAAAUAACAAGAUAGAUACAGAUGAGGUGUAUGAAGCUUCUACAAUUAUUCCCUUCUACUCUAAAAGCACCCAAAUUGCACCACAAAGAAAAAUAAAAUCAGAUACACAUCAAACAAUCCCUGAUAUAGAUCCAUCAGCUAACAUUCAAUUCACAACCAGUAUCCAUAAAUCUAAGUUUAACAUGAAAAGUACAUUUACCAAAGCACCUUUCAUGAUCAAAUCCACUAUUCCCUCCUUUAGUAUCCAUGAUGUCUCUUCUAGUGUUUCAAAUGGAGAAAUACCUUCACAUAAUUAUUUUGUUACCAACUGUGUUCAAAAAGAGCUACUGCAGAAGCAAUCCAUAAUACAAACAAAACCCUCAUCUGAAAUAUCUGCUACAGAUUUUCACAUCUCAGGACCAACUUACAAAAAUUCAUCAAUAUAUGAAACUGAAGUUUCCAAAAGUGACAAUCAAGCCAAUGUUCCUAUAGACUUAAUUAAACAUAUCAGUGAGAACGUAUCAUUACUAGAAGACAAUCCAAUAGUAUCACUCAGUACUAUAGAAUCACCAUCUUCAGCCCCUAUGUACAACUUUAUUACUGAUGUUAAUAAAAGAACUGAUACUACAACCAUCCAUCAGAUUCAUACUCUUACUACCACUGUUGCAAACAAGAUUUCCAAACUCAGAACAUUUCGACGACAUAGAAAGAAGGGUCAAAGGAGGAGAAGACCUUUGCAGAAGUCAAUACCUUUCCAUAGAAUCAUUUUGGUCAAUAAAGAAUUUGUCACACCCUUAAAAAAAAUUAUUCCUUCUCCUGUUAUGAAAAAUGUAACUGAACCUCCUAAUCUCAAACUGACUGAAUUGUUUUCAAAAUUCACCACUAUGGAUAUAGUUACAGUUACAGCACAAUCACCAGUUCUUAGCACAGCAGAUAUAAAAAAAGACAACACAUUCUUAAAUAUUGCUCAGGAAUCCCUUGGAAAUGCUUACACCAUUAAACCACCAAUGGUACUGUUAUCUGAAAAACAUUCAUCUACAACUCCACAGUUUGAAAUGUCAUGGGAUACAACAAAGAUAAGCCCAGCAUUACCAGAUGCAACCUUGGUAACAACUGGACCAAAGUUUACUAAAGUAGCUCAAACUACUAGACAAGCAGAUAAGGAAUCUUACCAGUAUGUGGGGCUAACUGCAAUUCCAAAAACACAAAUAACAAAAACAGCUCUUCAUGUGAAAAAUGAAAUAAAUCCACAGAUUCCUACUAAUGCAAUUUACUUGACUACUAGUCCAUUACUAUCCCAAGCAAGGCUCAUCCAAACUACACAAACCACUUCAUCUCCCAGAUGGGAUAAAAUUUCACGGCAGUUUCCAUUUUCUAAAAUCAGAGAUAUUGGAAAACCACUCAUAAUGGAGACAUUCACAGUAUUAAAAUCACCUCAAAGCUCCACCCUGUAUACUCCUUUAUGGAAGACAGAUAAAAACAAUUACAUCAGAAACUGGUCUGAAAGAACAGGCCAGGCAGCCACCACUACCAAUCCAGAAGAUUUAAAUUCAUUCUAUCAGAUCAGAUUGGCAAAACCCAGAAUAAGUGGAGGAAAAUUUGCAAUGUUUACUGUCCUGGCUAAUUCAGAUGCUUUCAUUCCAUGUGAAGCCAGUGGUAAUCCCAAACCAACCAUUCAUUGGACCAAGAUAUCAGCAGGAGCUGAUGCAUCAAAAAACAGACAUGCUAGUAACAGAUUUGAGAUUCUUCCCAAUGGUACACUCUCCAUUCAGAAUGUCAACAUCCAGGAUCGUGGACAGUACUUGUGUAUGGCUGCCAAUCAACAAGGUUCAGACAAGCUUCUGGUCACUUUGUCUGUGGUUACCUAUCCACCAAGAAUUCUAGGGAAAAGUUCCAAGAUCAUUACAGUUCACUCUGGCAAGCCAGCAGUUAUGAAGUGUGCCUCCGAAGGCCAUCCCAUUCCUUCUAUAACUUGGAUCCUUGCAAACAAAACUCAUAUUUCUGCUUUUUCAAUAGAAAAUGAGGCUGUUUCUCUACACUCAGAUGGCACUUUACUCAUCAAGAAAGUUAGUGUUUAUGACAGAGGGAUAUAUACCUGCAGAGCAGAUAAUCCAAUUGGCUCAGAUACUAUGGCAAUACGGUUGCAAGUCAUUGCUCCACCACCCAUUAUACUGGAAGAUAAGAAGCAAUUUAUACUAGAAACUAUGGGGAGAAGUUUGAAGUUUCCUUGCACUGUCAAAGGAGACCCUCAUCCAACUGUUCACUGGGUCUUCCCUGAUGGAACAGAGGUGAAACCACUGCACUAUCUAAGUGACAAGGUUUUUUUGUUCCCCAAUGGAACGCUUCUUAUCAAAAAUAUAGUUCCUUCUGACAGUGGUAAAUAUGAAUGUAUAGCUACAAGCUCCACUGGUUCAGAAAGGAGAGUAGUGCUACUUCAAGUGGAACACCGAGAUAUAAUACCCCAAAUUGCUGCUACAUCCCAAAGAUGGACUCAGCUGAAUUUUGGGAAUAGGUUACUUCUGAAUUGCUCAGCUAUAGGGGAGCCAAAACCCAGGAUAAUGUGGAGAUUACCUUCCAAAGCUGUUGUUGACCAAUGGCACAGAAUGGGAAACCAAAUCCAUGUGUAUCCCAAUGGAUCCUUAGCUGUUGAGUCAAUCACAGAAAAGGAUGCAGGCAAUUAUAUUUGCGUAGCACGAAACAGAAUGGGCGAUGAUUUGACCCUUUUGAAAGUCAGUGUGACAAUGAAGCCUGCAAAAAUUGAUCACAAACAGUAUUUUAAGAAACUGGUACCUUAUGGAAAAGACUUCAAAGUGGAUUGUAAAGCUUCAGGAUCUCCUGAGCCAGAAAUAACUUGGAGUUUGCCAGAUGGUACAACAAUCAAUAAUGCAAUGCAAGCCGAUGAUAGUGGACAUACACUGAAGAAGUAUACUCUGUUUGACAAUGGGACUCUAUAUUUCAAUAAGGUUGGAAUGAUGGAAGAGGGGGAUUACACUUGCCAUGCUCAAAAUACACUGGGAAAAGAUGAGAUGAAAGUACAGAUAAAAGUGGUUGCAGCUGCACCUCGUAUCAAGCAGAAUUUAAAGGCCUAUGCAAAGAUAAAAACAGGAGAUGAUGCGUUCUUUGACUGUGAUGCUAUAGGGGAACCUAAGCCAAAAAUAUUUUGGCUGUUGCCUUCUAACAAUAUGAUUUUAGCUUCUUCUACUCAGAGAUAUAUUCUCCAUAUCAAUGGGUCAUUGUCAAUCAUUAAAGUAAGGCUUUUAGAUGCUGGAGAAUAUAUAUGUGUGGCACGCAAUCCUGGUGGAGAUGAUACCAAGGUUUAUAAACUGGAUGUAAUCUCUAAACCACCUCUGAUCAAUGGUCUGUACUCUAACAGGACUGUCAUUAAAGCAACAGCUAUAAAACACUCAAAAAAACAAAUAGCUUGUAAUGCUGAAGGAGAUCCCGCACCCCAGAUUAUGUGGAUCAUGCCUGACAAUAUUUUCUUAACAGCCCCAUACUAUGGAAGUCGGAUAACUGUACAUAGAAAUGGGACUCUUGAAAUUCGCAAUGUAAGAUCUUCAGAUACAGCAGAGUUUAUUUGCAUAGCACGUAAUGAUGAGGGAGAAAGCAUGCUGGUAGUCCAUUUGGAAGUGCUUGAGAUCCUAAGGCGCCCGGUUUUCAGGAACCCAUUUAAUGAGAAAGUCAUAGCAAAACCUGGAAAAACCAUGUUCUUGAAUUGUUCUGUUGAUGGAAACCCACAUCCUGAGAUAAUUUGGAUAUUACCAAAUGGUACACGGUUCUAUGUUGGUAUUAGAACACUCCGGUUUUAUUUGGGAAGCAAUGGCACUCUUGUUAUCAAUAGACUUUCAAAAGCAGAUGCAGGAAAAUACAGGUGUACAGCUAAAAAUCAAGUAGGCUACAUUGAAAAGUUGAUCAUAUUGGAAACUGGUGAAACACCCACAAUUGUUUUCCACUCAGGAGGGACAAUAAAAAGCAUGAAUGGGGAAUCUUUAUUGCUUCACUGUCUUGCUGCUGGAAGUCCCAAGCCAAACAUUAUAUGGACACUUCCCAGUGGCUUUCUCUUAGACCGGCCUCAAAUUAAUGGGAAGUAUACAUUACUGGAGAAUGGUACCUUACUUAUUAGAGAAACCAAUAUUCAUGAUAGAGGAAAUUAUAUGUGCAAAGCUCAGAACUAUAUUGGUGAUUCAAGGGUAGUUGUUUUUGUAACAAUUGUGGGACAUUCACCAAGGAUUACAAAACGACCCCCAAGGAAUAUUCACACUGUGUCUGGGUUGGCGAUUCGGCUUCAUUGUAUGGCAUUUGGGAUACCAGAUCCAGAAAUUACAUGGGAGCUGCCUAACCAUUCAUUAUUUCUCACAGGCAUCAAAGGUCAACUAUCUGGAAGUGAGAUUCUUCAUCCACAAGGAACAUUAAUAAUUCACAAUCCAAAUUCAUCAAAUUCAGGCAUUUAUAAAUGUGUGGCUAAGAAUCAGUUUGGCAGGGAUUUCACAGUGACAUAUGUUCAAGUUAUUACAAUUGGGAAUAAAGUCUAAAAUGGACUAUUUGGCUUUCAAAGAUGUUUAAUCAAAACCAGUCAAAAGACAUUUCAAUUUUGGUGCUAUUACAAUUCUAACUUUACAGUUAUCAAGCUAAAAGACAUUUAAGUUUGAGAAGAUUUUGCAUUAUGACCUAGUGUUGAUUUUAAGACAUUAUUAAAAAGUAACCUUAAAAACUUAAGGCACUUAAGUUUCCAACAAAAAUAACAGUGAAAAUGACAACAUAUUCUCUAAAGAUACUUGCAAUACAAAAUAUUUAGCACAAUAAUGGAUUUUUUAAAUGCUAGUUUUUAUUUCCCACUUGAUAGUACUGUAUAAACAUCAUAAAGUUAUUGAAAAAUAUGAUUGCUGGUUUCAUUUAUAAUUGAUGCAAAUGACCAUUUUUAAA